UUCCCUCCCUUUCUUUCCCCUCACUCUCUCACUCCAUCAAAAAUAAAAACAUUCCCCCCCUCUCUCUCUCUCUCUAGCCAUGGCUCUCGACGCUCUCAACUCCUCCUCCGCCCUCUCCCGCCGCUUCGACGACGUCGACCCCCGCGCCGCUAUGCAGUGGCCCAAAUCCAAACGCUCCAAGCGCCGCGAUCAGUCCGAAGACGAGUACCUCGCAGUCUGCCUCGUCAUGCUCGCCCGCUCCGGCGCCGCUCCCGGAGAAGACAUCAAAAGCGCCGCCGUCGCCGCAAAUUACAAGUGUAGCGUGUGCGACAAGGUUUUCCCGUCGUACCAAGCGCUGGGGGGGCACAAGGCCAGCCACCGCGGCAAGGCGGCGUCGGACGAUAGCAAUCACUCCGGCGCCGCGGCGUUGAACCCUAGCGGGCGGAUCCACGAGUGCUCAAUUUGCCACAAGCGGUUCGGGACGGGGCAGGCGCUCGGCGGGCACAAGCGGAGGCACUACGAAGGCGUGAUCGGAGGCAGUGCUGCCAAGAGCCGCACCACCACCUCCUCCACCGCCGCCGCCGUGGCUCGGGAUUUCGAUUUGAACAUGCCGCCGCCAGAGCUGCACUGUGAUGAAGAAGUGGAAAGUGCGCUAUACAAAUAAAUAUAUGCCUGUUGGAGUGCAUACUUAAAACUUUUUACUAUACUAGCUAGAUAGAAUUAUUUGUACACAGGAUUGGAUUCUUUGAUUCAUUAAUCAAAUUAGUCUUUUAUUGUGUUAUUAUUA